UAAACUAGAAGAAAGACAAGGCUAAAGAAAAGUUCAAGCUACGCAGCUGUAUUGUUAUUGUUGUUAAAUAUACAUUUGAUUUGUGUACUAUCAGACGUGUCAAUUGUUUGUUUAAUUUGUGGCUAUUGAGCCACCACUAACGACGCAAAACAGCUGGCACAUGCGCGACAUAGAGAAAUUCCAGCACAAAGGAAACGCUGAAAACAACCACCAACUUUCCAUAGAGUAGGUGGCAGGCAAGUCGGUGUCUCAGCAUUUCACUUGGAACUCUUCUGCGUGCAAACAUAAAUUUAACGUAAAAUAGCAAAAACGCAGCAAUUUACAUAACUUACUCGUCGUCGAAAGUGAAACUACAUUUGCAGUGCAAAAGAAAAACCUAUUACAAAAUUCCUGCCAAGUGUAAUAAAAGUUGGCGAUAGAGGGAGACACAGUAGCGCAGAGAGCAGCAGCAGCAGCGACGUUUGCAGAAGAACACGAUUAACAGAGAGAACGUGAGAGAGUCGCACACACUCAUUCAAAAGGAAGAAAGAGAGCAACAACGCGUGUGAGAGAGCGAGAGAUUAAAAGCAUCUAGCAAGCGCCUCCUUUACAAAACGUGCGCACGUUUCCUUUUGUGGAGCUUUCGUCGCAUCGUCGUCGACAUCGAGACAUCGUCUUCGUUCGUUUUGUGUAUUCUCGACAACGCAAAGCUAAUCCUUUCAAGCACUACACACACACACAGUCGAAUUAAACACACACAGAGACGCGCGCGCACGCACACACAGAUAAAAGACAAACAUGUUUUCGGGUCUAACAAAUCAAUUCACCUCGCUGGUGGGCGCAGUCAAGGGCGGCGCUGGCGAUGAGGACGUUCCAGUACCCACAGGCGGUGAUGCCGCAGCUGCAACCACAUCUUCGACUGCUGCCGAGCCAGUGGCCACAUCAGCGGAACAGGAUGCUGCUGCAGCCGCUGCCGGUGGCGAAGGCAUUGAAGGCGAGGAGGGUGCCAAAAGCAUUCCAAAAUCAACUUCCAUGGUAGAUUCAUUUGUCAGCGAAGCCACUGGAUGGCUAGGAAGCGCCAAGGGUUGGUUGGGAAAUGCUUCAAUGCCAUCGAUGCCAGCAAUGGCAAUGCCAUCGAUGCCCUCGAUGCCAGCGAUGCCGUCGAUACCAUCGAUUCCUGGACUACGGAAGAGCGGAGCCGCCGAGGGAGCUGAGGGUGCCGAGGGCGCUGCAGAUGCCAGUGCUGCGGGUGCUGUGAGUGGUGGCGAUGAUGACGACAAGUCGAGGUAUAUUAGCGCUACUGAGGGCGCCGAUUCGCAUCCAGCAUCAGGCGGCGGCACGCCCACUGGAGAUGAGGGUCAAAUUGGACAGGGUAAGGGCGAUGAAGUGAAAAUUACCACAAAAGUAACUCAACAGGCCAAACAUUUUGGCUCGUUCUUGUCAUCGGCCAUCAGCAAGGCUGGCAGCAAGAUCAAGGAAACAGUCAAGGAUAAUACCAUUCUCGACUCAUUCAACAAGGAGCAGGAGGCAUUCAUUAAGGGUCAAGGCGGCGCUGGCAAUGGAGCUGCUCCAUGGAUUGGCCAUGCCAAUGAGUCAAAGAUCAAGGAGGAAAUUUUGGGCUUGUCACAGGAUCGUCGCAACUUUGUGCGUGCCCCGCCAGCCGGCGUGGACUUUGAGUUUAGCUAUGACACCGCAUAUCCCACUGCCAUAGCCAUUAUGGCCGAGGAUAAGGCACUCGAAACGAUGCGUUUCGAAUUGGUGCCCAAGAUCAUCACUGAGGAGAACUUCUGGAGGAAUUAUUUCUAUCGCGUUUCACUAAUCAUUCAGGCCGCCGAGCUUGGCACUUUGGGCGCUGAUGGUGUGGGCCAGGCUUCCAGCGGUGAAGAUGCCAAAAUUCAGGCAGAUAAUGCAAAGAUUGACAAAAAGUCUGGCACAGUUGUCCAAGCUGAGACAAACAAUGAAACUAAACAAGCGGCCCAAGGAGGCGCUGUCUUUGACCAGCCAAAGCCUGUCAUUGAGAUUAAGGCGGCCGAAGAGCUUAAAGAGAGUGACAAGAAAAGUCUCUCAACGAAAAUCUCCGAGUCCGAGUUCGUUUCAGAUGAAUUCCAAACAUCAAACGAAACCGAUUUGGCUGAAAUAAAAGAUGGUAUGCGCAAAUUGGGCAUUGACAGUAUGACCCAACAGGCGCUUGCCAGCAACAACGAUGAGGAACAAUGGGAAAAGGACUUGGAGGCUGAACUUAAGGACUACGAGGUUGUCGACGAAGGAGGCACCGGCGGCGGACGCAAUAAAAACGGCGAUGGCGAGGACGAGGACGAGGAUGAGGAACCGACAAUAUCGAAUUUGCGCACACGUUCGUCUAACAACGAUUGGGAGGAGUAUGCCGAUUUAAUUGAGGAUACCGAUGAUUUAAAGUAAUUAAGAGCUUAUAUCGUAGUUUCUUCUAAGUUGGCUCUAAGUUUAUAACUUAACUUUUCUUUCCAUUCCUCCUUUCUACUCUCCUUUGUUUCUUUUUUACUACUUACUUAACUUACUUACCUACUCGUUUGUAUUACUACUCUCAUUAUUGGGUAUGUAACCUUAUCUCGUACUCUAUACCAUAUCUAACCUAUCGACAACCAACAAUAACGAUAACAAUAACAAUGACAACAACAACACAGAACUUUGAAGUGCCUAAAACGCACAAUGUUGGGCUAUCAAUGAGACGAGGCAUUCUUUACGCUCUUCUAGUGUUGGCGUAAAAGAUUCCCAAAUGUAAAUAGAAUGUGCCUCGGAUCGUAUUGGAAAAGUUGGUUGAGAUUUGGGCCAAAAGCAAUGAAUUUUAUUGAGUUACCUUACAAGAUGAUAUAAGACACUAAAACCCAAAUAUGUAUUAAUUCAAUCAAUUGGCUAAUUCAAAUGAUAUCAAUCACCCAAUCCGAAUGUCAAGAUUAUCCUUUUCUUUUCCUGUUGUCACCUCCCCUCCACGCCCACGACCACGCCCACGAUGUGAAGUGGGGUGAUGAGUUGCUAGCGUUACGGGAACUUUCGCCAAUUGUUCAGCACACGAAAAAAUGGCAACAGUUAACUAUACAUAAAUGCAAAUAAAAGUAUGUACACAAACUCCAAGCUAAAACAAACAAAAACAACAACAGACAAACUGGUUAAACUAUAAUUAAAGAACGUAUAAUUCGUAUUUAAAUAUAGUAAUAAAACAAAAAUUAAAUUACAAAAAAAAAAAAUGAAAAAAAUAACAAUUUCAUGAAAAUGGACAUAAAAAGCUUCAAAGGGAAACAUUUUGUUAUUUAUAUUUAUAAAUAAAUUAUAUAUAUAUAUAUAUACAUAUAUAUACAGAUACAGAUAAAUUAAUGCAUUUGAAUUUAAUGUGUAAAAAAUUAUUAUUAUAAAUAUAUAGAUAUAUGUAUAAUAUAUAUAAAUAUAUAUAUAUACACUAUAUGUACUAUGUAAAGAUAUUAAUAUAAAAAGAAUAAUAAAAAAAUAUAUUAAAAAAAAAGUAAAUAAAUAAUGAAGUAAACUCAAUAUUUUAUUUCAAAGUUCACUUGGUUAUAGUUUUUAUUGACACUUUUUAUCAUUUGGCAAAGAAAAUAGAUUUGUGUUUUUGAUCAACAAUUUACGAGUAUUAUCGCAAAACUUUGGCACGCUUUUGAAUCAAAUGCUUAUAAUUUUCGUCCUAUUCUAUUUGUAUACUUUUCACCAAGUUUUAAUAACUAUUCUAAUUCAGCAAAACACACAAAUAUGUAUUCCUUUAAAGAUAAAUGCCAAAAACAAUAAUAAUUAAAUCGGAACAUCACGUUUAAGAAAUGAAAUGAAAAAUGCAAUUAAGAAAGAAUACAAAUAACAAAAUCGCAAUUAUAAACAAUAAGCAGUUCAAAACCUUUAAAACAAAUAUAUAUAUUUACAUAUAUAUUUCACUAGACAAAUUUUUAUGCAUAAAUUGAAAGAAAGACGAUGGAAAGGACAAAAACCAAAAAACAUAAAACAAAUAAAAACAAUCUAUAUUAUCAAUGUUUUUGCUCUAAAUGUCUAACUAAUUGUUAAAAAGCAAAUUAUUUUCAGCAGACACAAGGACAUGUUAAAUGAAAUAUGAAUAUGAAAUAUCGCUAUAAAUGUGAAAUUAUUUGUUAGCAGAUGAUGAUAAUAACACAUGGAAGGUACGAAAGGUCAAAGUUAAUAACACGUUACGACAUUUAACUGAUGCUGUAUGUAUAUUAAACAUUUUACUUUUUAACAAAUGCAAAGUAUUUACAAACAAUAAAUUACAAGCAAGUGUUGAACAAAAAAAAAACUAAACAUAUUUUAAAUUGAAAUUUACUUUGUGCGUUUUUAAACAAGUUGGCAAUUAAAACCCGAAACCUAACCACAAGUCUAAAGCAAAUAUAAUUAUAAAAUAUAAUUAUAAAAGAAAACAAUAUAUAUAUAAUAUUAAUAAUAAUGAAUGACAAAUAAUGUAAUGUUGACAACGUGUUUUACAGUAUAUCAAAACUCAAAUAAAAUCCAAAUCCAAGCAUUAACACAUAUUUUAAUGUCUGCAUACAAUUUACAUACUUAUUAUUGAAACCCAAAAAAAAAAGAUAAGAAAAUGCGUUAAUUAAAGGUUAUGAGCAAAGUUCGUUGAAGCAUUUGCAUAUGAGAAUAUAAAUAAAAAUAAAAACAAAUAACAACAGAAAAUACACACGCAGCAAUUUCCAUAAAUAUAUAUAUACAUACAAUACGAUAACAUUGCUAAAAUAAUAAAAAAAAAAUAAACCCAAAAUUGAAAACCAAACACUAUACAUAUAAUAUGUAUGUAUGUACAUGUACUAAUUAAAGUAUAUCACCAAAACAAAUAUAUAUAUAUAAUUUAGUUGACUAAUAAUAAAAAUAAAAAACAACAAAAAAAAAACAAAUUAUGAUCUAUACAAUGACAUCUAGACAGAGA